UACCGCGCUAGCAGCGAUUUAGGUAAGGUACCGCGUGCGUGCGUCCGUGUCCGUUUCGAAAAUAAUGCGCGCGUACUUCGAAGCGUCGUCGCCAAACAUGUGCGAGGGAACUAAAGUGUGGACUGCCCCGUCCGUUUGAGGUUUGCGUUUGUUGUUAAUUGCACCUAGAGCCGCGUGUAGGAACAAAUUGCAGACAAUCUUUUAAUAAUGGAAGUGAACGGUCAGAAGCAGACCAUCAGUUUGCAGUUCAACGCGAACAAAAGCAAAAUACCAGUCAAAACGGCCGACGAAACUGGUUUAGUUAUGAAGGACAUCAAACCGAGCGUGCUGCCCAAAAGGGCGCGAUGUGACAAACGCGACUGUGAUAACGAGUUCAGUGAGAAGGAUUGCCUCACCAUCGAGGAGGAGCCGAACCAGAGGUCUCCCUCGCCGGCCGAAUCGCUGAAGAAACUGACGAAGAUCGGCGUGCACACCGACGUGCCGUCGAGGAACCACUCGAGACCGGGGAGUCCCAGCUUCAGGCGCGAGAACAGCGUCAGGUCGCUGAAGAACUACCAUCACGUGCACAUGAUGAACGACCUGAACAAACCGUCGAGCAGCGACUCGGGAAGUCAUGUUUCGAAGCCGUUUUCGGAUGCCGCGUCCGUCAGGUCCUGGGCGUCCGUGGGGAUGGGGUCCACCGAUGGGAAGAAGAUGAUCGUGAGGAGGGUGCCCACUUCGCCCGUCGAGCUCUUCAACAUUGUCAAUCCUCCGACCCAUGACACUGCCCCGUUCCGACGUGAGAACAGUGUCAGAUCGUUGAAGAACUUCCACCACAUGCACAUGAUAAACGAACUGUGCAAACCGGCUAGCGAUUACGGCAACCACCUGUCGGAGCCCUACUCGGAUGCCGCGUCCGUCCGGUCCUGGGCAUCCGUCGGUAUGGGCUCCACUGACGGUAAAAAAAUGAUCGUGAGGAGGGUGCCCACUUCGCCCGUCGAACUUUUCAAUAUCGUUAAUACUCAACUACCUCCGGAAGAAUACCUGUACGAAAACGGAAGCGACGAUGGAAGUGGCGACGACGAGGACAGCGUUUACAUAAAACCGAGAAGACAAAACUGGUCGAAUAAGUUUCAGUUCGUGUUGGCCUGUGUCGGUUAUAGUGUUGGACUCGGUUCGAUAUGGAGGUUUCCCUAUCUUUGCUACAAAAGUGGCGGAGCUGUAUUCCUUAUUCCAUAUGCCAUUCUUAUGUUGAUAUGUGGAGUUCCCAUGUUAUACAUGGAGUUAUCAGUAGGCCAAUUUACGGGGCGAGGCCCCAUAGGCGCUCUGGGCCACUUGUGUCCCCUUUUCAAAGGCACGGGACUGGGUAGUGUGGUGAUAUCGUUUUUGAUGUCGACAUACUACAGUGUGAUAAUAGCCUAUGGUGUGUAUUAUUUUUUCACGUCAUUUCGGGCAAAACAACCUUGGGAGGACUGUUCGCACCGUUGGAACACGAAAAACUGCUGGAGCACGCGUCAGCAGAAGUACGAGAAGAGCAACGACUCCCAGUCGCCGGCAGCUGAAUUUUAUGAUCAUAAGGUACUGCAAAUUGGUAAAGGAAUUGAAGAUUUUGACGUUUUGAGAUGGGAACUGGUGGCGUGUCUGAUUUGCGCUUGGAUACUAAUUUACUUCGCCAUCUGGAAAAGCAUCAAAUCAUCGGCGAAAGUGCGUUAUUUUACCGCCACGUUCCCUUUCAUCAUCAUCAUAGUCCUUCUAAUAAAGUCUUUAACGUUGGAAGGAGCUGGAAGUGGUAUGAAGUACUUCUGGAAACCUAAGUUCGAACUGCUGCUAGAUGCAAAGGUAUGGGUAAACGCAGCCUGUCAAACAUUCAACUCUAUGGGUUGCGCUUUCGGUUCAAUGAUAUGUUUCGCCAGUUACAACAAGUACAACAACAACAUCCUCCACGACACAAUAGCCGUGUCUUUCGUAAACGCCGUCACCAGCAUAUUGGUUGGAAUUUUCGCGUUUGCGACGCUGGGAAACAUUGCCUUCGAACAGAACACAGCCAUAGAAAAUGUCGUCGACGAUGGCCCCGGAUUGAUUUUCGUGGUGUACCCCCAGGCAAUGGCAAAGAUGCCGGCAUCACAACUCUGGGCCGUUUUCUUCUUUUUCAUGCUGAUCUGCCUUUCUCUGAACAGCCAAUUUGCGAUUGUUGAAGUGGUAGUGACUUCAAUCCAAGACGGUUUUCCCGGUUGGAUCAGGAAACAUCUGAUGUGUCAUGAAGUUUUAGUGCUCAUCAUUUGUGUCAUCUCGUUUUUAUGCGGCAUUCCAAAUGUUACAAAGGGUGGGAUUUACUUCUUCCAACUAAUUGAUCAUUACGCCGCUACGAUAUCGGUUAUGUAUUUGGCCUUCUUCGAAGUUAUAGCGAUAUCUUGGUUUUAUGGCGCGUACCGUUUGAGCAAGAAUGUCAAAACAAUGACCGGAAGACACCCGGGCAUGUACAUAAAGUUUUGCUGGAUGUUCGCCACACCCUUGACCAUAUUCGCCCUGUGGGUGUUCCUGAUAAUAGAUUUUGAACCCCCUACAUACAACAACGGACAAUAUCAUUACCCCACUUGGGCCAUAGUGUUGGGCUGGAUCAUUUCAGCCCUCUCCAUCCUCUGCAUUCCGAUUUACAUGAUUGUGGUGUUCGUAAGGUCACCCGGCGACAAUUUCAUAGAGAAACUAAAGAACUCAAUCAAGUCCGAUCUGUUGGAGAAGUGUCCUAAAUGCGACGAGAUGGAUUGCGACUGCGUGAUAAAAGACGAAGAGUGCGGACCAAUGUUGGUCAUGCACACGCCGGAUAUAAGAAGAGACAUUUCGGUGCCAUACAACAUGUACAACCAACCAAGCACAAUACCUCGCAUUCAGAGUGCUCCCCGAAUCGCUCCUAGUCCUGCAGACACCUUAAGUCAGUACGACAAUGUGAACAAGCCAAACGACAGUGAAAGAAAAUAAAUAGGGACGUUUUGUUGGGAAUGAAAAAUUGUGCUUUUCUAGUUCCUAAUGUAUUAUGUAAUAUUUUUAUUAUGCAUGUAAACAAGGAACAUCACAGCUUGUCUAAUCAAAGCGUUCAACGCACAAUUGCAUACGUAAGCUAUGGAAAUAGCACUCAAAUUGUUAUGUAAUUUUAGAGUAACAGAUACCAGUGAUAUUAUAUCAUUCCAUAUUGUUGAAAUAAUGUUAUUAUGUUAGACAUUGUAAAUAUAUACCAUUCCUCAAUGCUA